UCUCUAAAAGUGAAUGCUUCACCAAACCUCAGCCAAUGGCUUGUUGUCAGCCAUCAUGGUAUCAGAUUAGUUUUACAAAAUAAGGACAGUAACGAGAUGAAAAUUCAUAUGAUUUCAACUCUUGGUGAUAUAAAUAAAGUGGUCGCUUCGCGUACAGCAAAUAGACCACGUUGGAGAUGUGGAGAUCCAACACCAAUUAGUGAAUCUCGAGGUAGCGAUUAUGGGAAACCAUCAGAUUAUUUAAAACCUCCUUUAAGCCGAUCAGUUAGUUCAGUCACAUUGAAUUUGCUUUCGCUAACUCAUACAAAAGGGACGGAUGAAUUUUAUACAGAUAUG